CGUCUGGUUAUGUCACCGAUUGGCGAACCGCUGGAAACCGUCGAGCCUGUCCACGAGCUCAUUGUUGUGCUAGGCGAUGCGAUGCGCUGCCACACCGAGGUUCUGCAGCGGUGCAACAUCCUCCACCGCGACAUCUCAGACAACAACAUCCUUGUCGUGCGUGAGGAGGGCAAACAACCC